CCGGAGAGACACACGCGCGCAGAGACACACACGGCACGAGAGAGCGAGAGAGAGAGAGAGACACUGACACAGAGACACAGAGAGGGAGUUUCGCAACUUCGGGAAGUUUUGUGGAGCGCUGGAUCAAGUGGACCCGUCUGGUUCCUGGUUUCUGGUUCCUGGUGUUUUUCCGAGGCUGAUGUCAGUGACACAGCGGAGCGCCGACCGUCGCCUGCGUCGCUUUCUUUCACCGGACUAGCCUUUGGUUGAGUUUCUCUCUGCGGGACACGUCCAGCGGGUCCGUCGAGGAACUACCGUCUCUCUCCUGGAAACAGACCCGUGCACACCGUCUGAGCGGAGCCUGGCCUGUGCAGCCAUGCUGAUGUAUGACUACCCUCUGAAGACAGACAUGGAGACGUCAUUCUACCCUCCGUUAGUGAAAGCCACGGAGCCAUACGGAGUGAUCUUCUCCCACUCCGCCCACAUCUACCACCCAGCGCACAUGCCCGCCUUCGCCCAGCCCCACACCCCCAGCAACCCCACGCACACCCAGCUGGAGCCCGUGGACCUGUCAGUUAGCAAGCGCUCCUCCUCCACCUCCUCAUCCUCCUCCCCGCCCUGCUCCUCCGCCUCCUCCUCCCCGGCCUCCUCGCGCAGCUCCCCGCCCUCCCCUUACAGCGUGGCGAGCCGCGGCUCCCCCCGCUGCUCCACCCCGCACGCCCAGCUGCGCUCCUCCCCCUCGCACGCUCACCAGCAGCCUACACCCUCCUCCCUAAACUACCAAGCCAUGGUGGGCCCCCUCAUCAGCUCGGGGUCUGGAGUCAUCCAGGGGUCAGGGGUCAUGGUGUCACCGCUCAUGGUGCCUCUGUCCGUCCUCUACCCCUCGCCUCUCCACCUGCACCAGUCGAUAAUGGUGAGCCAGCCUGUCGCCAGUGACGACGACCGUCAUCGGAGCAGGCAGCACAAAACAGGUCACUGCGGCGACGCCCACGACAUGCACAAGUCAAUCAAAACGGAGCCUCGCUCUGAGCUCGCUCACGACCUCCACGGCGGCCACGAGAUGAAGUCGUCAGUCAUCAGGAUACCGCACGAAUACGGGUGCAACAACCCGUCCGUCAUAGUCCAUUCAGGCGCCAAGCAUCCUCUCCCUGCCGAGUCUCCGGACACGCUGAAGAAGCGGCGAAUCCACCGCUGCGACUUCAACGGCUGCAACAAAGUGUACACCAAGAGCUCCCACCUCAAAGCACACCGCCGGACACACACCGGCGAGAAACCCUACAAGUGCAUGUGGGAAGGCUGCACGUGGAAGUUCGCCCGUUCGGAUGAGCUGACGAGGCACUUUCGCAAGCACACGGGGGUCAAGCCGUUCCAGUGCCCCGACUGCGAACGCAGCUUCUCCCGCUCCGACCACCUGGCUCUGCACAAGAAGCGCCACCUCCUGGUGUGAUUAAAAAAACAAACCUUCGGGAACCAGGGGGCAGCUUUAAAAAGAAACUCGGUGCUGGUUUCGACGUUUGGACUGCACCACUUUGACUUGAUGGGGGGGAUUGGCGGGGGAUUUUAAAGAGUUGGCCUUACACACAGGGAGUGGGGAAACGUUCCUCAGGGUGCAGCUUUAGACCCUUUCGCCUCAUUGGUCCUGAAAGUUAGCCGAAUAAGCCUUUUAAUCAUGUAACCGUCACAAACCAUCCUGCAGAUUUAUCAUCAGCUCGGUUUGACUUUAAAAUUAAAACAAGGACCAGCUGUGGAAGGCCCAGACACUUUAAAGAAAAAAAAAAAGAGGCUGCUGCUUCUCAGCUGGUCUGAGAUGCAGCGCCCUCUUGUGGCCCCAGAACCAAACUGCAUCGACACACCGCUCUGUUUCGGCCACAUCCAGCAUUCUCAAGCUUCUUCAUCAGCUCUCAUUUCUCUGCAUUCAGUCAAAAGUAAAGAUUGUGCACACACACACACACACACACACACACACACACACACACACACACACACACACACACACACACACACACACACACACACACACACACACACAUAUACAUAUACGUUAUUUGCUAGCUAGGCCAAUAUAAUGUGAAACUCCAGAAUGUAUCAUAUCUCACCUCCUGUGCCUCGUGUCAUACAUACUUCAGCUUUCUCGCACCGGCCGCGGCUACCUGUGACAUAACGCUAAUGCUAAUUCCACCUUUAUGGACCACCACAUCAAAACACCACACACCAUAUCUGCCUCUGUAAGCCUACAUCAUGAAGGGACUUAAAAGAAAACGGAUAAAUAACACAACAGGUAGCCAUUGCUCGCUUUCUCUUGUACAUAAAUGCACAUGUUUAACGGCACACACACACGAAAACAUGCACUUAAUAAAAGAAGCCUCGGUCUGGUGUGCUUUUUUGGUAUUUGGGUUGAAAAAAAAGUGGGACUCUGGGUCUCGUUCAUUGUCGGAGUGAAGUGUUUUUUUAUGUUUUCAUUCAGAAAUGUGAACGUUGUUGCACAGGGGCAUUAUUGUGUUAGAGAGGAAAAGACACCACUGUGUUGGUUUAAGGGUAGAAGCAAUGAUAUGUCUUAUAUAAAUUUUAUGUAUCUAUAUACUAUUGUGACACAAAGGUAGCCUUUUUUUUAUCAUAUAUGGCACGUUUAUAUGGGAAAAAUACAAAGGGCAAAGCAGGGAAAUUUGCUCUUUGAUUAUUUAGUUUUUUAGGAUCAGAUGAGGUUCAUUCCAGCCCGCUACACCGGAUAUUUGUAAUUUCAAAGUAAAUAAUGUUAAAUUCAACAGUUUCUUGAGAGGAGGUGAUAAGAUAUAUUCUCCUAAUUACACCGUCCCAUUUUAGAGCACACAGUUUUUAUUUUAUUUUACAGAGAAGAAAAUAUAAAUAAUUUAGCUCAUAGUGUUUUUGUACAUGUCUCAAAUGUGCACUUUAUAUACAUGUAUAAAUAUACAGCUAAAUAUAUUGCUAAAACAUUCCCAACAUUUUCUAAUCAUAUCUAAUCAGUUUUUCUAUUCACCUGCUGGUCAGUUUGAUCAGAAACAUAUAACAGGUCUUGGUUUGUCAUUUUCUAAACAUGUGAUUCCAGAAGAAGGUGUGAUCCUUUUUAUUUUACACACACAUAUACACACGUACACACCGAAUGUAGCGGCUAUACUGAUCUGCAUUUUGCCCCUGUAUAUUCUUUGCGGUUUUUGCUUGUACAUGUUUUUUUGUAUUUCUGCAAAUAUAAGUUGUAAUAUAUAUAUAUGUUAUAUUUUAUAAUUGAUUAUUAGACUGAAAGGGCAAUUAAAGGUUUUUUAUUAAGCAUGAUUUUGAUACUCUCAUAAUAAUGGAUAUUAUACAUUUCUAUAAUGUUCUGUCUAUAAUAAACCCUGUCUCUUUUUAAUCUAAACGUUGGCAAUUCAAAGGGAACAUGUUAAACUGUGAACAUAUAACUGUACAGGUCUAUCUGAAAUUUUUGCAUUUAUUUUAAGAAAGAAUAUUCAUACCACUUAAUAAACUUAUUGAUGAUAUUUGCAA